AUGGUGGGGGAAAACGAGGGCGCGGAGGGCGAGGUGGGGGAGGGAACGGGGGGGAUGGAGGGGGAGAAGGGGGAGGAGAUGGCGGAGGAGGGGGAGGAGACGGGGGGGGAGGAGAAGGAGGAGGAGGAGAGGGAGGAGGGGGAGAUGGAGGUGGGGGAGAUGGAGGAGGAGGGGAUGGAGGAGGAGGAGAUGGAGGAGGGGAAGGGGGGGGGAGGGGGAAGGUGGGGGGGGGAGGAGGAGGGGAUGGUGGGGGGGAGGGAGGUGGAGGGGACGGUGGAGGAGGAGAAGGGGGAGGCGAGGGUGGCGGCGAGGGUGGGGGGGAAGAGCGCUUUUUGGUUGAUGGGCGCUUGGAAGAAGGCAGAGGGGCUACAGGCGAAGGUGGUGGUGGGCGUGGCGGGAGGGAGGGCGGUGGUAGGCCUGAUGAUGGAAUCUGGAGGUCCCCAUCAAACCUGA